AUGCUGUCGAAAUGGUCAUCGAGCUCAAGCAGUAGCAGUUCCUCAAGUAGUAGUAGUUCCUCAUGCAGCAGCAGUUCCCCAAGCGGUGGAAGUUCCUCAAGUGAUAGUAGUUCCUCAAGCAGCAGCAGCUUCUCAAGCAUCAGCAGCUCCUCGAGCUACAGCAGUAGUAGUUCCUCAAACAGCUGUAGUAAAUUUGCAAGGUACACUCAUGGUCAUCAAGUUCAAGCAGUGGCAGUUCCUCAAGCAGUAAUAGUUCCUCAGGCAUUAGCACUUCAAGCAGUGGCAGUUCCUCAAGCAGUAGCAGCUCUUCAAGUAGUGGUAGUUCUGCAAGCAGUAGUAGUGCCUCAAGCAGAAGUAGCUCCUCAAGCAUUAGAAGCUCCUCAAGUAUUAGAAGCACCCCAGGAAGUAGCAGCUCCUCAAGUAUUAGAAGCUCCUCAAGCAUUAGAAGCUCCUCAAGUAUUAGAAGCACCCCAGGAAUCCUCAAGCAUUAGAAGCUCCUCAAGCAUUAGCAGUUCCUCAGGCAGUAGCGAAGUAGCAGCUCCUCAAGUAUUAGAAGCUCCUCAAGCAUUAGAAGCUCCUCAAGUAUUAGAAGCACCCCAGGAAUCCUCAAGCAUUAGCAGUUCCUCAAGCAUUAGCAGUUCCUCAGGCAGUAGC